AUGCAAGAGACGAUAGGCACAUUGUGGAAAGAUGUUGUAUGGGCUAGUAACGAGGUUGAGUAUGGUGUACGGUUGCAAUAUCUUGAACAAGCAUGCUUUGCUUGUAAUGAUUUCCUCGAUUACGUGAAGAACACUUGGUUGAUCCCACAUAGGCAAAGAUUUGUAGGCGCAUGGAUUAAUCGAGUGCUUCAUUUUGGUAACACCACGACAAAUAGGGUUGAAUCUGCACAUUGGAAGCUAAAGCAGAUGAUAGGAAACAGCCUCGGUGACAUGGUCAAAGUUUGGGAAGCUAUGAAUUCUAACCUAAAAAUCCAAAUAGGUAACAUUCGAGCUUCGUUUCAAAAAAGUUUUUAUGAGGUUGAGCACGCACACAUUAGUCCAUUUUAUGAUAAUUUGCGUGGUUCAGUAUCGAGAGCUGCUUUGAGACGCAUUGCAGAAGAGUUAUUGAGGCUUGAUUAUGUGUUAAAUAGUAGGGAAAUCUGUGGUUGUACUAUGAGAACAAGUUAUGGGCUACCUUGUGCUUGUGAGAUGGGAAGAUUGAUUGCUGUUGGAAUCCCAUUACAGAUAAAAAGUGUUCAUCUUCAAUGGAGGAUACUAUCUAUGGAAGGUGACUUGCCUUUAGAUGAGGAAGCUGGUUCGGAGGUGGAUAUGAGUAAUGCAAUUGAUGAAUUGGGGAGAAGGUUUAAAUCAUUAGAUGUUGUUGGAAAAAGAGCAUUGAAAAGUAGGGUUUGUGAAAUUGCAUAUCCCACAACAACUUCAUUGUGUCCACCACCUGAGAAAAUAAAAACUAAAGGCGGAGUGAAGAGGAAAGGGAAGAAACCAGUUGGGUAUGAUGUUUAUCCUUCCAUCAACGUCCAUGCUCCAGUUUUCACGGUAUUGGAAGCUUCAUGGGAUCCUUAG